AUGAUGCAUAUGAACAGCACACGCGCAGCUACGCGCGCAGCAGUCUCAGGCAUCAGCCCCCCGUUUUGGGCACAGAACAAAGGAUGGAGUAAAAUGCCCAGGCUGAACGGGGGGAAGCUGACAUUUGUAAGCAGCAAAAGGAAGGUCUCCCACCUUAACUACACGCAUGCAGGGGGAUACUACUAUCACCCCUUUACCAAACAUGGAAAGAAUGAAAAGAUAAAAAUUUGCAAAAGUGCACAGAGAGGUGUAGGAAGCUUCACCGAGUACCAACAGAACAAUACUAUGUCCAGUAGGAGGAAAAAAAAAAUCUACCUGUGUGCCUUAAUUUUUUCGGGUGUGUUCGGAUACGCUACCCUUAAAUGGAACGAAAAAAGGGACGUCACUUAUUUCCUGAGUGAAAUGAAAGAAAUAUCAGAUGAUAUUUUCGAUAAGCUAGAUAACAUCGUGCUGUUCGUUUUAGAUAAAAACAAACUGAGGGAAGAGAAAAAAAGAAUCCAAGAAAUUAAAAGCGAAAUUGAAAAACUAAAUCUUAAGCAUAUUAAUUACUUGUAUACUUACCAUGAGGAAAGCAAAGAUUACGCUUGCUAUUUGUACAAAGGUCGGCGCAGGAGAAACAUCACCAAGGAGGAGUUAAGUGCCGACACGGUUAAGGAAAUUUUCGAGCCAUUUUUCACGCCAGUCAGCGAAGACUACGAGAAGGUGAACGAGGGAAAUAAGGGCAACUUCCCGGUCUGCGUGACGCAUGACACAUUUGAGAAGGAGAUUAUUGAAGACUCGAAGAGAAACGAAAUACUUCUGGUUCUGUUCGAGAACACCUGCUUCUUGUGCUUCUUGUACAAGCCUUUUAUAAAUACCCUACACAAACUGUUUAAGGAGAACAAUAUUCAGCUGAAGCUGAAGAAGUAUAAUAUAGAGAAGAACGACUACGCGCCCAACAUGAUAAUCUGCAGGGGCACCCCGACCUUUUUGCUUUACCACAACGGCAAGGGAAACAAACUGGAUGAGUACAAACCGAAUGAUAUCAUCAACAAAAUUGAUCAAAUUAUUAAAUCCCCAAAAGACAUCAAAGAGCAAAUGCUGGAGAAGGCAGAGUUAAUUCACACAAGGAUGCAUCAGUUUGGCUACCUGACCAUGUGGAUGACGGAAUCGAAAAUUAUAGAAAACAUGCUCAUAAGAAGACACGUGAAGGACAUUCCAAAUGUAUGGGCAGUCGACAACAGAGAGAACACCAAUGACGAUGACGUCGUUUACAAUGAAAUAUUAACUGCUCUCAUAGAAGAAGACACACAGAGGAACGAUUUAAUUGAAGACAGUUUGAAUUAUACCAAGGAGAAAAUAAACGCAGCUGAGAAGAGUUGCUUUGUAGCGGCCAUGAUGAUGGCCAACGAGUUAAUUGACGAGGAAAAGAAGAGGUACGAAGUGAGCUAA